UCCUUGUACUAUUAAUGCCCUAAACCAAACAGGCGUCGAAGCUUCGAGAUGGCGGUGCCCCUCCAAGCUCCUGCUCUCCCUCUCUCCUCCUCCCUUCUCCUCCCACGAGCCCUCGCGCCACGUGGUCUCCGACUCCGCCGACGGAUCGCAGCGCUCCACGCCAACGACGACGAGCUCCUCCGCGCCAUUACCUCGAGUGCCGGCGCUAGCCUUCCAGCCAUCCGUUCCUAUGAUGCUGACCUCGCCAGCCUCACGCUCGUCGGAGCCGUCGGCUUCGAGCAGGCCGUCACAGCAGCUGCUGCCGACGGAGGUGGCGCCGCCGAAGAGCAUCUCUCCAGUGGUUCCUCAACCAUGGUCGUCGAGACCGUUUUCCCUGCCGGCGCCGAUGAGCGCAGCACGGUUUCCACCAGGCUAAUUUUACCUGCUAAAAGGGUGCAAGAGAAGGCCAAGAAAUUGCGCAAUAGUCUUAACUCUGAUAUUCUAGCUGGAAAUACCACGAACAUACUCGCAAUGACAUUCAGGCAAGUCACCUUGCAGAAAGUUUGGAGUUACAAGCUCACAUCCUUUUGUCCAGGGACAGAAAGGAAUAUGGAAGAUCUUGCAAAGCCUAGAGAGGCGCCAUUUCAAUUCACUGUGAGCUCUUCAGAUGUGAGGUUUCUUUCUGUGCUCGCUGAGACUAUCUGUUCUUUUGCUCUCAAUGAAACUGAAAGGAGGUGCUCUGGCAAGGUGGAUAGUUCUCGUCUGAUGUCAAUGUUUAGUUGGUUACAGAAGCCUCAUGGGAAGUACUCGGCUGAUUCUUCAAUGUGCGUAUAUAAAAUUGCUGAACGUGGAAUAGUAAUGAAUGCAAUGAGUCAGGUGGAUAAAUUUAGCUCGAUCAAGGGGAUAUGCUACACUGCUAGGAAACCAGGUCAUAGUUGGUGGGUGGCACCUAAUUAUCCCAGAUUGGAGAAAGCUGGUGGUCCUGGAUUGAGUUAUUGGACAAAUGAAUUUGUUCCUGCCUAUAGAGUACAAAUUAGUGCUGAUAUUUUUAAGGAUGCAAAGCUUGAAGGAUGGCACAAGGUUGCCAAUAAUUGGUGGGAAGUUCUUUUGACCCAUUACCAAAUGGUGGAACUUGCAAAUGUUCUCGACAGGUACUAUGAAGAUCGAUUUAUGCUCCCUGCCAAACAGCUUGUCUGCAGUUUACUGACUAGAUCAUCAAAUGUCCAGAUCAAAAAGGGUUCGUCCUUGAAAAAAUUGAUUUUUGCAUUAGUUGGAGUAUGCACUUUUAUUGCCUUGAGUAUUCUAGCUCAAGCACACUGGCAACAUCUUCUAAAACUCAAAACAUCAACAGAAAGGAACAAUCCUGUUUCUUCAACUAAUUUAGGUGACUACCAUCUCCAGGAUUAUGGAACAACUGAGGGAGGAAGUUAUGCGAUAUCAGUUGUUGAAAAUAUUAAAGAUGCACUUGGUUGGCCUGGGGAUGUGCUUUUUGACGUGAGCAUUGGUGCAUGGACUGGUGUACUUCCAAACGACUUGAUGAACAACUAUCAAUUUCACCUUGAUAUUCAUAAUGAACAAGAUCACAUCAGUAACUUCCAUGAUACUCCUGCAAAUCAUGGAACAGAACCAUAUGGCAGCUUGAUUUCUCCUGAAACUCAAAAUGCAGAAUGUUCUCAUAUUGAACAGUCUACCCUCAUGCAUACUUCUGGAAUGAACAAUGUGGAUUCCCAUUCUAAUGCACAAGAUAUUGCUAGUUUCCAGGUUGUGCUGUCUGGAGAUGGGAAAAUUAUUGGGUUUCAGCCUACAAACCGUGUGGCCGUCAAUCAAUGGGCAUCCAAUCCCUUGGCAAAAGCAUUAUACGGCGGACGGAAGUUGUCCCCAGGUCUUUUCGAACCAAGUCUGAAAAUUCCCACUCCACCCAAGGUUGUUCCACUUGAACUAUUGAUGUCAGCAAAUCCUGAAUCCUCUUUUGCAUUGGCUAGACCUAUCAGAUAACCAUGCAAGUAAUAUCCAACCCUUCACCAG